AUGCGCCCCCCAGUUCUCACCAACCCCGAGGUGCCGCUGCCGGCGCCCCGGGGGCUGCGGAGCCUGCUGCUGCUGCUGCUGCUGCUGCUGCUGAGCGCCCGCGCCGCGCUGGCUCAGCGCUGGCGCAAUGAGAACUACGAGAGGCCCGUGGACCUGGAGGGCUCUGGGGAUGAUGAUCCUUUUGGAGAAGAUGAGCUGGACGACAUCUACUCUGGCUCUGGCUCGGGGUAUUUCGAGCCGGAGCUGGGGCUGGACACGGCCGUGAGCCUGACCACGGACACACUGGUGACGCUGCCCACCACAGCGGCCGUGCUGCCUGUCACCGCCGCCCAGCCCGUGGCAACGCCCCUGGAGCCGUCCCCCACUCCCCAGGACACCACCCCCGGGCAGGCAACCAGCGCCUUCCUCAUCCCCAGGACCACGGAAGCACCGGCUGUGCCGAGCUGGAAAGCCACCACCACCAGCACCACGGCCAGCGAGCCCCCAACCACCAUGGCCACCACCACCACGGCCACCACCACCAGGGCCACCACCACCAGAGCCACCACCACCACCACCACGGAGGCCACCACGCCCACAAGCAGCACCACCGUGGCCACAGCCAAGCCCACCACCACCCGGAGGUUCCUGCCCCCCUUGGCCACCAAGGCGGCCACCACGCGGGCCACCACCCUGGAGACCCCCACCACGCCCGUCCCUGACACCAGCACCCCGACAGAGGUGGCCACGUCACGCCUUGUCCCCAGCAGCACGGCCAAGCCCAGGGCCCUGCCAAAGCCCAGCACCUCCAGGACUGCAGAGCUCCCCGAGAAAAGCACGGCCUUGCCGCCCGUGGCCACCACGCUGCCGCCCACCGAGGCCCCCCAGAUGGAGCCAGGGGAGGUGACAGCAGUCCCUGAGAAUGAGCUGGAGGUGCCGGCCAGCAGCGGCCCCAGUGGGGACUUUGAGAUCCGGGAGGAGGAGGAGACGACUCGUCCCGACCUCAGGAACGAGGUGAUGGCUGUGGUGACGCCGCCGGCAGGGCCGGGGCCCGGCAGGAAUGUGGAGACGGGGCUGAUGGACAACACGAUAGACUCGGGCAACUCGGCUGCUCAGCUGCCCCAGAAGAACAUCCUGGAGAGGAAGGAGGUGUUGAUAGCGGUGAUCGUGGGGGGCGUGGUGGGCGCCCUUUUCGCCGCCUUCCUGGUGAUGCUGCUCAUCUACCGCAUGAAGAAGAAGGACGAGGGCAGCUACACCCUGGAGGAGCCCAAGCAGGCCAACGUCACCUACCAGAAGCCUGACAAGCAGGAGGAGUUCUAUGCGUAGACGGAGAGCCCAGAGUGCCUCACGCUUCCUCCCUCCCCCCUUCCCCGCUCCAAACCCUCCCCCUCCUCCCCUCCAUCCAGUCUCUCUCUUUUCUCCCCCCCUCACUUUUUUUGGGAUCAGACUGUGAAUUCACAAAGCAAAACCCACAGCGGCUGAAGGAGGAAACGCGUCCUUGGCCUGGGGAGCAGCGCCGAGGUCGCAGCGAGCACCGCUGGCCUUUCUGCUGGCGGGAGGGACGGGACACGGAGCCCAUGCCAAGGAGCCCAUGCCAGGGCAGCCAGGAAUUCUCCAGGAAUUCUCC